AUGCGCGAGAGAGCUACGACAUCUAGAACUUUAGAGACAGCGGAAGAACGUGAUGUCCGCCUGCAGGAUAAACGAGAUAGAGCGGUGGCAGCUAGGGCUUCAGAAACAGUUCAGCAGCUUGAAAUUCGCCUUCAGGAUAAACGAGAUAGAGCGACGACAUCUAGAGCUUCAGAAACAGUCCAGCAACGUGAAAUUCGCCUUCAGGGUAAACGAGAUAGUGCGAUGACAUCUAGAGCUUCAGAAACCAUUCAGCAGCGUGAAGUCCGCCUUCAGGAUAAACGAGAUAGAGCGACGACAUCUAGAGCUUCAGAAACCAUCCAGCAGCGUGAAGCCCGCCUUCAGGAUAAACGAGACAGAGCGGCAGCAUCUAGAGCUGUAGAAACCAUGCAGCAGCGUGAGGAUCGUCGAAAUCAACAACGCGUUCGAGCUGCUAUAUCUAGAGAAUCAGAGACAGUGACACAUCGUGAGCUUCGAACGCAGGAAAUGAGAAAUAGGAGAAGACAAUCACGGACUGCUCAAAACUUCAGUUUAGCGCUAGAAGGAUUUCACUAUAAUGCUCAAAAAGAUUACGCGAGCUAUGAAAGUAAUAACAUCGAAAAAGGGACAUUAUUUGCAGUUAUUGUCAAGCAAAAAAAUUCAGUUCAGAGUCUUCUGGUAUUUGCUGCAGUAACGGGAAAGUAA